AUGGGAGAGUUGAUGUAUCAUCUAUCUCAACAUCAACAACAUUACCCAUCCCCGCCCGACCUUCUACACCGGCACAGCCAUCCAACACUAUCCAACCCCGCCGGCUCCGCCAUUCCCGACUUCUCUAGCGGCCGCCACUCCGGCGAAGGCCACUACACCCACCGGAAACCGCAUUAUAUUCCUUACCUUCUCCAAUCAAAGCCGCUGCCGGAAACUGCAUCUGCUCCUCCGCCCGCCGCCUCCAGAACUCCGGUUACUUCUCCUAUCAACGCCGCCCUCAGCCCUCUCCAUCCAGUCAGAUCCGCCUUAAAAUCGAAACUCCGGCCGUAG